CGUCUUGUUUCGCUUUCAGCUUGUUUCUCCUCUGGAUUUGAUCCUUGUGUUUGAGGGAAAGGACAAGUGUUGUAUAAAUCAAAUGGCGUCGUCAACAGCCACAGUCACAGGAUCCGCUGCCGACUCUGCGGACGUGGUCGUGGAUGCUCGCCUGGCGCUGCUGCUCGAGCGCUCCAAGGUGAGCAUUGAGGCGUGCAUUGCGCCGGUCGAGCUCGAGCUCAACGCAAUCGAAGCAGCGCGCGCUGACAAGGAAGCAUUCGUACUGACGAGCGUGGCAGACGCGGUCGCUGCGGCCGAAGCAGAUCUGCAAACAGCAAGGAAACAAUCAUUGAGGGACUUGUCAAAGACAGCAGACGACGCUGCGUGGCAGCAAAAGCCAUUCUUGUACCUUUAAUCCUGUUAACAUUGUCAUUCAACCAUUCUCGCUCUUUGAUCAACAAGUGCGAUGCAAAAUACACGAUUUCUUAUGAACGC